AUGGACUUCCAACACGCCACACGCAGCGCACACAGAACCCGACCGCCAUUCAUUCAGGGAUCACUUCCCACCCUCCGGGAGGAGGGUCAGGAUGGUGUCGGCUCCUUUAAGUGGCAGGUUAGAGUAGCCGCCUCCAUCAUGGACAAGGACCUACAAGCCAGACAUGGCAGUCUGUGUGACGAGCACCUGACAACGCAGAGAUCACCAAUCAUAUCCAUCCUUGUCAUCAGUAGUAACCACAGGACCGCCAGACUCAGACCUCAGCACUCCAAGCUGCGGCCGCUGCUCUACGACCGGCCGCUGAGGGUGGAGCCGGUGUUCACUCAGCAGAGCGUGCGCCGCCCGGAACCCAGCCCACUGCCGCUGACGGCCCUGCCCACCUCGCCCCGCCACCUGCUGCUGCCCCCGGGGUCCUCUGCGGACGCCUACUACAAACUGUACGAAGAGCGGGUGCGCAGCGGCGGAGGCAGCGGCACCAACUACCGCCUGCCCAGCGCGGCCAGUGGCACGGCCGACGACGAGCAGCUGGCCCCCGAGGAUGACCACCGGGCCACCCGCAACCUCUUCAUCGGCAACCUGGACCACGCCGUGACGGAGACGGACCUGAGGCGGGCCUUCGACAAGUACGGCCCCAUCGAGGAGGUGGUGAUCAAGAGGCCCGGCCGCAACCAGGGUGCCGCCUACGCCUUCUUGAAGUUCCAGAACCUGGACAUGGCGCACCGGGCCAAGCUGGCCAUGAGCGGCCGACUGCUGGGGCGCAACUACAUGAAGAUCGGCUACGGCAAGCCCAACCCCAGCACGCGCCUCUGGGUCGGCGGCCUCGGCCCCAACACGUCCAUUGCCGCCCUGGCCCGGGAGUUUGACCGUUUCGGCAGCAUCCGCACGGUGGACUACGUGAAGGGCGACAGCUUCGCCUACAUCCAGUACGAGAGCCUAGACGCCGCGCAGGCGGCCUGCACGCAGAUGAGGGGCUUCCAGCUAGGGGACCGCCGGCUCCGCGUGGACUUUGCCAAGGUGACGCCCGAGGAAGCCGCGGCUGCCGCGUCCCGCUACGCUCCCCUCCAGGCUGCCCCGUACCCCCUCCCCCUCUCCUAUGAACUGCUCCAGUCCGAGGUCUACAGCCGUCACCGGGCAGCUCUGGAGCCCGACCUGCGAGUCAGAGACAGGACUCCUCCGCACCUCCUCUACUCUGACCGGGAGAGGCCCUUCGUGGAGGCCGGCUGGCUCAACUCCGAGAAGCGCACCGAAGUGAAGGCAAAUCUUCCCGAUGGAUACGCGCGGAGAGUAAAAUGUCUUCCCGGGAUUCUCCCCGCUCCUCCAUCUGCAGCUCCCGAGGUUUUGGUGUUCGGAUGUCGGGGGCCCCGGCAGUGA